GAGGGGGGGUGGUCACCACAACCCCCCCAGGGUCGGUUAUUAGAAACCCUUUCCUCCUGAAGCCAUGCCGGCGACGUUCUUACGUCAGCUGUUUGAAGGGACUGCGGCUAAAAAAGUUAAAGUGACGGUGGCAAAAAAGUUAAAGUGUCGGUAACUUAUCUCCUCAAUGAAGAGUCGCGCUACGGGAGGAGAUAACGGUCCGGGACGUUAGCCGAAUGGUAGCUAACCAGCAACAGGUCGGGCGGUUGGUCGAGUAGCACACGGAGCAACGGAAACCAACGGUCAUGGAGCGCGCGACUUUUUCAAAAUACUCGUGGGUCGACUUCGCCUUCUCUCUGGUCGGCCUGUGCACCUUCCUGGUGGACUUUGGCUCGGACGUGUGGGUCGCCUCCGAGUUUUACAGCCGUGGGGACCUCGUCUGGUUCGGGGUGCUGGUCGGCCUCAUGGUCCUGUCGUCCGUGGUGGUCCAGACGUUCAGCUGGUUCUGGUUCACGUACGACCGGGAGCUGCUGGGGUUCCGCGCGCGCACCGAGGGGGCCUCCGUGUUCUUCGGGGACCGAGUGAAGCUCUCCUGCGCGCUGCAUGUGCUGCAGCUGGGCUUCCUGUGCAGGCACAUCUCCGCCAUCCGCCAGGGCUUCAGGGUUUGGUGGCAGCGGGAGGGCGGCUCCGAGUACGCCGUCUACCUGACGCACGACCUCAGCAUGCUGCGGCUCAUCGAGACGUUCUGCGAGAGCGCCCCCCAGCUCACGCUGAUGAUCCACGUCAUGCUGCGCGCCAACCGGGCCCGGGCCGUGCAGCUCGUGAGCGUCGCCGCCUCCACCACCUCCAUCGCCUGGAUGGUGGUGGACUACCACCGCUCGCUGCGCUCCUUCCUCCCGGACAAGGCGGAGCAGGGCCGCUGCGCCGCCCUGAUCUACUUCCUGUGGAACCUGCUGCUGAUCGCGCCGCGCGUGGCCGCCGUCGCCCUCUUCGCCGCGGCGCUGUCCGGCUACGCCGCCGCCGCCCACUUCCUGGCGCUGUGGGCCGUGUUCGCGCUGUGGGCCCGGCGCCAGGGCACGGACUUCAUGGACAGCGUCGGCGGGGAGCGGCUCUACCGGGCCACCGUGGGGCUCAUCUGGUACUUCAGCUGGUUCAACGUGGCGGAGGGGCGGACCCGGAGCCGCGGCGCCAUCUACCACGCCUUCAUGGCCGCCGACGGGGCCAUCCUGCUGACCUCCUGGUGGUGCUACCGCGACCCGAUCCAGACGGAGCCGUACGCCCUGGCGCUGGUCGUGGCCCUGCCCCUCGUCUACCUCCUGGGUCUGCUCCUCAAGGCGCUCUAUUACUGCCGCUUCCACCCCAAGCUGUGGAGGCCGCCGCCGCCGGCGAGGGAGCCGGGCCGCCCCGACGACCUGCCGGACGCUCCGGCGUCCUUCAGGGACUUCUCCGUCCAGGACGGCGCCCCGUCCGCCCGGCUCCUCAACAGGCGGAUGGCCGGCCACGCCGCUCGGUUCUACUCGGAGAACGGCCUCGACGCGGACGGCGAGGGCGCCGGCGGAGCGGAGCCGCCGCGCCUCUGAGGGCUUCUUGACGUGUGGACGCGAGGUCAUCUCCUGGGGUCGAGUCUGUUUCUAUAAAAUGGAUCAAACCUCUUUCAUAUCGUCACGCUGGUGGAAUCGAGCCACGACGUCUUGAUAUAACGGUAGAUAUGAAAGGUUUGACCUUUAAUCUAAAAGAGAAAUGUUCUGAUCUCAUUCUGCAUCGUCAGGAAUCAACUUGAAAACUACUUUAAAAGCUGUUUAAUGCAUUUUAUACAGAAAGCAAAUAGCAUUUUAUUAUCUCUACACGUGAAGUAAAACGGUACGAGUCGUAGGGGAAACGUUUACAGACCACAUCGUUGUUUGUCAAAAAUAUUACACAAAAUAAUAUGAUGAAGAUAAUGAAUGCAUUUUAUUUGUAUUACAUUUGUAGAUCUGAGGUUUGGUGUUUUGUAGUUCUGAGUUCUUCCGGCUGCUGCUGGAGGACGUCGACCGCGAGCUUUCCUUUCAUCACGUCUUUGUUCUGUUACUGCAGGAAACAGGUUUUUUAAAACCUUCCUGAACGGCGUGCCGCGGUCUUUAAGCGUCGACUCCAGUAUUUAUGGCCGGUGACGGCGCUCUGUGGACUCAUCAUGGUUAAGUUUCUGUUUACAGUCCGUGAUACACGCAUUUUUCCAGGGAGUUUGUUUUUCAGGUUUCUUAAAAGUGAAUUCCAAAUGUUUUUCAUGCUUUCAGUUUGUUUCUGGUUCAAGGUAAAAAAAAAAAAGAGCGAAAGUCAAGGUCACAACCGGCUGUUAAUAAUAUUUUACCUCAUUUGCUCCGUCAUCAUUAAAGUGACACCGAUGUUUUACUCUA